GAGCAUCCGAGCAUCCCGUAGACUUUCUUCCCUCAGUGUAGCGGAUCGCCGUAUUACUGAAGCACUAUCUGCAAUGUCUCCUGCACGGGCACGAGCUCUUCUCGGGCUCCUGAUCACACUCUGCACCCAGAGCCCACUACUGUCGGGUUCUAAGCCACUGCCGCCACGUAAUGUGAAGCUAACCUCGGUGGAUAAAGGGUUAAAGGUCACAUGGGACCCACCCAGUGAGCUGGACGGACGGCCUGUUGACAGCUACAGCAUCGGCUACGGGAAGUCCAUGAAGUCACUGCGUUUCGUCACUGUCGACAAAGACAGACGGUCAGAGUUACUAGAGGACGUAGAGCCUGGAGUCCUGCAUUUUCUCAAGAUGAGUGCAGAGAAUAAGGAUGGGAUGAGUAAACCUGUCUACAGGGCAGAGACUCCAGGAGGAGGAGAGUGGGUGAAACUUGAUGGAUUUGCUGUCGAGCCUUUCAACAAGUCGUCUCCAGGCAGGAUGGUGUCUAUAACUUCAUCACAGAUUAGCCCACGGCCCCCAACUCAGAGAUCGGCACUAGGACAGCAAAGGGCCCCUCAGUCAUCCUCAGGACCAGAACCCCCACAUCAAGUAGGACGGCUCCCUCUUCGACCCCAAAACAAACACAGAGUGGACCUCAGCCAACACCAAGCAGACCAGCGCAAUGCUAACAAGCAAAAAUUGGCGUCUGAGUCCGUCUAUGUGGUAUCACUGCAGGCACCCAGAGCCCAGGGGAGGAGUGCACCCAUCACCACGGCCACCUUGAAUAAAAAAGUAACAGCAGAGCCAGAGGUUGUGGAUGAAGUAGAGGACAUCACAGUUAGGGUAUUGUCUCCUCAGUCUGUCCUUAUCACAUGGGUUGAUCCACUAAUUGAAAAGAAGAAGGAAAUACCAGGGGGAUCCAGGUUUUACACGGUGAAAUACAGAGAAAAAGGAGAAUCUGCUCGAUGGGAAUAUAAGGACACCACUCAGAGACGUCUUAUAAUUGAAACGCUCUCUGCGGACAGCAUGUACGAGUUCUCUAUUUGUAUCUCGCAAGGAGAUCAGAAGGGAAAAUGGAGCGCAUCUGUGUUCCAGAGAACCCCUGAAUCUGCUCCUUCUGGCCCUCCAGAAAAUUUUCAAGUAAAACCGCUUAGAGGAAAAGGUACUGCUGUCACAGCAACAUGGGAUCCGCCUGAGCAAACAAAUGGGCGAAUAAGAGAAUACAUCCUUUCCUAUGCUCCUGCUAUGAAACCGUUUGGCGCAAAGUCAGUUACAUACCGUGGCACCACCACCUCUGCUACCAUCGAUGGACUUACGCCAGGUGACCGCUAUAUCUUCAAAAUCCGUGGAGUCAAUAGGAAGGGCCAAGGACCACAGACUAAAGCCAUUAUUGUUGCAAUGCCUGGAUCCAGCACUACUCACUUAAGGAACACAGACAGCCACAAGACAAGUCAAAGUGCCUCCAAGACAUCAUCAAACAAUGAAUCAGACAAUCAGGAGCCAGAUGAGAUGGAAGAGUCCGACAUUCAGACCACAACUCAAGCACCACCCACCAAUAGACGAGGACGCCCUCUUUCUCAAACAAGGUCUUAUCACAGCAUCUUCUCUUCUGUGAGGGGUGCUGUCAGGAAUGGAGGUUCUAGCUCAAGGUCAAACUCACAAUCAUCCUCCAAAGAUAGAGAAGGAAAUACAAAUGAGGAAGAGAAGCCAACAGACAGUCCAGCAGAAGAGGAAAUCAGAGCAAAUGAGGCUACUGAGGACACAAAACCAGAGAGCAGUAAUAAUGCAUCACCACAAACAGAGGAAGAUUCAAAACACUCGCCUGACACUACAGAAUCAAAACCCAAUCAGUCUGAAUCUGUCCAUAAAACAACUGAGGACAAACGUCCUCCGUGGACACCUCGUACAUCCUCAAUUGUUGAUAUUAGCAGAUUAAGAAGGCCUAAUUCUCGAUCAAGAACGCGGAGUGAAGAUUCUUCAAGUUCAUCGCAAAACCAAGAGUCUGCAGCUACAAGAAAGGACUUAACAGCGGUCUCCUAUACUGAGGGAAAGAACACGUACAACCAGAUAAGUGUCACUGACAAGACGCCUACAGUGGUCUCACCUCAGGAAACCAGGCCUGAACCAGUGAAAGAGUCAGAAUCAUCUUCAUCCAUCUCUUCUUCUCCAACUUCCUCUUCCUCAGCAUCUUCAUCAUCUUCUUCUUCUUCCACCUCAUCUUCUUCAGUAUCUUCUCCUUCAUCAUCCUUACCAUCAUCAGGUACAAGAAGAAUUUCCUCCACGUCAGGUCGAGUCACAAGUACGGGAUCUGGUGCCAUGUACCCUAAUGGAAGAAGAGUUGGAAUUUCAACUAGAGCUCAGAGACUUCAAACAGGAAAGCACAAACCUGAUUCUUCAUCAUCAUCAUCUGCUUCUUCACAAUCCACACUGCCAACAGGAACCAGGACAAACAGUCAGGAUACAACAGAGGAGCAUGAUACCAACCACAAGAACACAAAGGUAGACGACACAAAGGCUGAACAACCAACUGAAGAAACCAAAAAAACCCUUUCUGAUACAACUAAAGAGGAAAAUUAUAAUAACAAAGAAGAGAAAAGUAAUAGUUAUGGUUCCACUUCCCAUUCUUCUUCACGGACUAACUCUUCUACAACGGGAAGAAGUUCACCCCUUUUAUUACCAAACCGAAAUUCUAGGAUAGUUACUGGGAGUCGAAGACAAGACGGGAGGAUACCGUGGAGUAGGACUGCCUCAUCUGUAGGUGCAGGAAGGCCUGUUAUUAGGGGAUUUCCUUCUCGUUCUACUGGUGUGAGCUCUCAAGACACUAGUGAUAAAACCAAAAUUUUACCUACGACAUACCCUUCAAAGCAUGAGGUUAAUCCUGUCUCAAAUAAACCUAAUGUGCUAAAUAAAAAAACAAAUGUUUCAAAUAAUCCCAGUAAUAAUGAAGAUGUAAAAAUUAGCAAUGAUCAUGAAGAUGACUAUCUUUAUGAGGGAAGCAAAGAGACCUUGGAGAGGCGAAGCAAAGACGCCACCUCAACUGCAGCACCUAAAACCACAACAACAACAACAGCAACAACAACAACAACAGCAACAACAACUACUACUACUACUACUACAAGAGAACCACACAGACCUGUACCAAACCUUGAGAAUGAAAGCGUAGAAAGAGAACAAAGUAGUACCAGUAGCAGUUCAAAGUCACUUCCCUCAGUUGCCCAAAGAGUCCCUAUUUUGUCUUCUACUGGUCGGGUACGCUCACCUGUGGUAGCAAGCCGUCUGAAAGGUUCGCGGUUUCCUAGUAGGGUGUACCCAGUACAACACAGAAGAAUGGGCACAUCAUCUUCAUCACAGUCCUCUUCAGCAUCAUCAUCUGCCUCCUCUCAAGUCAGUCCAGUAGAAUCACCACUUGUCUCAGAACGAGACACAGCUGACAGGAGUAAUACUAAUGUUAGGCUCACCCCAAGUUCAGUUUCUCGCUCUUCCCAUGGGUUGUCUGCCGGUGAAAGCUCUAGUGGGAAUACGUCUCCUGAGUCUCGGAAUCCAGUGAUGGGAUCGAGGCUGCGAUCAAUUUCAAAGGAAAACACUCCAGUCAGUGGCUACAAACCUAGUUAUGAAAAAGGCAAAAAUGGACGCCCGAAUCUCACAGUUGCAAAUGGCAAAGUAUCUGCAACAUCUGAUGAAAAUUCUAAACCGAACGGAGUCCGACAUAUCACAGGUCCUGAUGGAACAAAAUGGAUAGUAGAUCUGGAUAAGGGUGUCCUAAUGAAUGAAAACGGAAGAGUCCUUCAGGAUUCAAGGGGAAGACCCAGAAAAGUUGUCAUUGGAGAGGAUGGCAAGACUAUUUUUGAUGACCAGGGCAGCCCAUUGGUAAACCAGGAAGGAUUAGCAUUAUUUGGUCACGGAAGAGACAGUCGGCCUGUGAUUAAUCCGAGUGACAAGUACCUUACUGUGGGAGGAAAACCAAUCGUGGGCUUGGACCGCCCUAAACCAAGGACUACAACCACUACAACUACUACAACCACAACUACAACAACCACUGCAACCACAACUACAAUACCACCAGAACCUACAACAACAGAAAUGGUUACAGAAACACUGGAGAUGUCAACAUUAGCUGCUGAGCCCACAUGUCCACCUGGACUUUAUUCUCGACUGGACAAGAAUGGUUUCUCAAUAUUGGAUGCUGAUGGAAUACUUAACUGCUACUCUGUAGAUGGGCUUUUUGAGGAGACCACAACCCCAGUCCCAGUUCCUACCACAACACUGGCUCCCACAACAGAGGCUCCUACAACACAGCCUCCUACAACACAGCCUCCAACUCCUGAGACACGGCCUUUUAACAACACCCCCUCCUCUGAGUUUGAUGUGGCUGGAAAGAAACGGUUCACAGCUCCAUAUGUAAACUACAUCCGUAAGGACCCUGGGGCUCCCUGCUCCCUGACCGAGGCUCUGGAGUACCUUCAAGUGGAUGUCUUAGCAGACUUGAUGGAGAAGGACCAACAAUCUAUCAAUCAAAAGCAGCCACCCAAAAACAAACCCCAUAAUGUCACAGUGGUUGCUAUGGAGGGCUGUCACUCCUUUGUGAUUUUGGACUGGGCUCUCCCACUAAAAAAUGACAUGGUGUCUGGCUACUUGGUACACAGUGCAUCCUAUGACGAUGUCCUAAAAGACAGGUGGUCAACCAGAUCCUCAAGUGGAACCCACCUUCCCGUUGAAAAUCUCAAGCCCAAUUCCAGGUAUUACUUCAAAGUUCAAGCAAAAAAUGUCUUUGGACUGGGGCCAAUCAGUGAAACUUUAACGUAUGUCACAGAAUCAGAUGACCCCCUGCUCAUAGAGAGACCCCCAGGUGGAGAGCCCAUCUGGAUCCCAUUCUCAUUCAGGUAUAACUCCGCCCACAGUUCUUGUAAAGGAAGUCAGUUUGUCAAGCGCACCUGGUAUAAGAAGUUUGUUGGCGUCGUCCUCUGCAACUCACUACGCUAUAAAAUCUUCAUGGGAGAUGGCCUGAGAGAACCAUUCUACAGCAUUGCUGAUACAUUUGGCCAUGGAGAGGACCACUGCCAGUUUGUGGACUCUUAUCGAGAUGGAAGGACAGGACCACACAAUCUCUCCCUCAACCUACCCACAGCUCAAGGAUAUUAUCGGUCAUACAGACAAGAGCCAGUGAAUUUUGGGCCCAUUGGCAGGCGCACACCACAUCCUUUCGUUGGCUGGUAUGAAUGUGGAGUUCCAAUCCCUGGAAAGUGGUAACAGGGAGAAACUCCAAGAGGACAUUUCCACAGGCAAUAACACUCCACGUGUUCUGUCCCUAUAUCUACAAGCCAAUCACUCAACAUGGCAACCGAACCUAAAUCAUAUAACAACUGCUUCUGAUGGAAGGAAUAUAGUUCUUUGAGUAACACUAAUAUUUCUACAUAUUCGAUAUCAAGCACUUUUUUAAAAAUCAGUCUGUAUAUGAGGAAAUUGCAGCAUGUGUAUUUGAGUUUAUUAACAAUAUUUUAUUUUCAUGUGUUGCGCAAUAGUAAUUAUUUCACAUUCCAUUCCACCCGGAAUAUUUAUCUUACAAUAAAUUCAAAGAAACACAAAUUAAUUGCUAAUUAAAUAUCAAAGCACAACAUCAAGUGACUAUGUAAUGUCUGGGAAGAUGACAUUUGCAAUGAUGUAACAAAUUUUCUAUGAGCGAUGUUUGCUGUUGUUUAACUUGCUGAGGUUUUGUACUCUUACAUUUUUGUAUUACCCUCUUUUUGAACAAAGGUUGGCAUGAAAGUAUUGCCCAUAUUAGGGCAGAUUGAAAAAAAAAAAAUAGAUUUUUAUUUGCUCAGGAAUGGAUAAAAUAAAGGUGCUAUGGAGAAAAUGUAAAAUUUCAUUUCCCAUUAAUGCAUAGUAAGCUAUAAUAUAAAUAACUGAGGAGUGUCUAUAUACACUAAGUGCAAAUAGCCUGCUUCGUUGGCAGAGGCUAUUUACACCAAAUGCGCCCACCAAUGUGGCUGGGAUAGUCAACAUUACAAAAGAUGCCUAAACAACAGCUCCGGUAGCUUAAAUGGUAAAGCACGUAGCGGUGUCUUUUUGGCGCAACCAACCCGAGUUCAAAUCCACCUUUUGCCAAACUCGUUCUUUUCACAUCUCACAUUUUCACCUUUUCACAUCGCUUAUCACAUCAGAAAGGCAUUUCUUUUCAAUAAAAAUAAAGAAAAUAAUCAAAAAAAAGAAGAAAAUAAAGUAUCAGGUUGGGUUAGGGGUAGGUGUAUGGAGGGGUUUAUAGU